AAAGUGAUGACCACAACCUCAGUUUGAAGCGGGCGGAGGGGGGAGCACGUGGUAACAUUAGUCCCUUUAUAAAUCUCCUCCAAGCGGCCACUGCUGUCCGCUUGGCACGCGUAAAAGACGAGCCGUUCCCCAACUAGAUGGGGUGAGGGAAGACGCGUAAAAGCAGAAGCGCUCCGAACUCUGUCGCACCAAGAGAAAACUCCCGAGUUGUUUUUCACCGAGUGGCUUUCAAGGGAUUUUUUUUUUUAUCGUGAAAGCCAGACGUGUAGAUUUUUGUUUUCUCCUCAGCUUUUAAACUGGAAAAGAUCCGCACCUUGCGUUAUUCCCGCUGAAAGUUAGGACCGCGUUUGGCUCCUGCUGAUUUUUUUUCUUCUUGUUUUUUUUUUUUUAACAAACAGCGUUUGUUUGGAGAAUAAAACGCUAUGAAUCUCUCAUCAAGACACUGAGGUUUCACAUUCUUCAGACCUCAAAGCCUGGAAGCGGGUGAAGCGCGGUUGAAGCAUUUGGAGAAGCUGCGAGCCAAAGCGCUCUGAUGCGGUGGAGGUGUGCUCAGUCCCGCAGGCUAUACGGCUGUGCGUCCCGCUGACGAUAACCCCCCUCCCCCCCACCUCAGCUGUGUUUCUACCCUCCUGUUUUCAUCCAGAUCUUUUCAGAUCCAUUUGAUGGCCACACGUCCAGCUUUGGCAACAUUCAGCUGCACCUUUACGCACUCUCGGUGUGCGUUCGCCGUCAGCAGGGAAUAGAGCCCUGUAACCUUCUGACUGACUGAAUAACGGAUUUCUUGAAAGUAUCGAGACAGUUGAAUGGAUAUUCAGAUACACUUUAAUGAAACUGGGGAAUUGGAACCAAACUUUCAAGAAAUAACUUUCCGGGACCACUUGGCUCGGGUGCGUAAAUGCUUCCCAGUUUUCAACCGCUUUGAUUUUUGCCCAAGAAAUGCGUCUACCUGGUGAGAUUUAAAUCACUUUGGUAAACUGUUUUGUCAGUCUGAUUUUUUUUUUUUUUAAAUCAACAUUUAGAGACUCCGUUGGAAAAGAUGAACCUGUGUAUCGUCAGUCUUCUCCUCACUUUGGAUUUAGCCACCGUGGCGCUCAGUUUGUCCACAUGCAGCACGCUGGACAUGGAUCAGUUCAAAAAGAAGCGCAUAGAGGCUAUCCGAGGGCAAAUCCUGAGCAAACUGAAGCUCACCAGCCCUCCGGAGGACUUCCCCGAACCCGAGGAGGUGUCCCGGGACAUUGUCGCCAUUUAUAACAGCACCCGGGACCUGCUGCUGGAGAAGGCGAACGAACGGGCAGCGACGUGCGAACGGCAGCGGAGCGAGGAGGAGUAUUACGCCAAAGAGGUGCACAAGAUCGACAUGCAGCCCUUCUACCCUUCAGAGAAUGUCAUCUCUCAUACCCACUUCAACCCUUACUUCAGACGGUUGACAUUCGACGUGUCCUCCAUGGAGAAGAACGCCUCCAACCUGGUAAAGGCUGAGCUCAGGAUCUUCCGUCUUCAAAACCCCGGAGCCCGAGUAUCUGAACAGCGCAUAGAGCUCUAUCAGAUUUUAGGACACAAAGACCUGACAUCCCCAACGCAACGAUACAUCGACAGCAAAGUGGUGCGAACACAAACAGAAGGGGAGUGGCUUUCCUUCGAUGUGACAGAGGCAGUGAGUGAAUGGCUGAACCACAGAGACAGAAAUAGUGGAUUUAAGAUCAGCCUGCACUGCCCCUGCUGCACAUUCGUACCGUCCAACAACUACAUUAUUCCCAACAAGAGUGAGGAGCUGGAGGCACGGUUUGCAGGUAUCGACGACAGCUUCAUUCACGGCGGCGAUCUGAAGGUUUUUAAGAAACGGCGGCACAGCACUCGGGCUCCACACCUCCUCCUCAUGCUGCUGCCUUCAUACCGGCUGGAGUCCCAGUCUCAGUCUCAACACAAGAACCAUCGAUCCAAGAGAGCCCUGGACGCUGCCUACUGCUCCAGAAAUGUUCAGGACAACUGCUGCUUACGGUCGCUCUACAUCGAUUUCAAGAAGGACCUCGGCUGGCGAUGGAUUCAUGAACCGAAGGGAUACGAGGCCAAUUUCUGUGCCGGGGCCUGUCCAUAUCUGUGGAGCGCUGACACGCAGCAUUCGAAGGUAUUAGGCCUUUAUAACACCAUCAACCCUGAAGCAUCAGCAUCCCCCUGCUGCGUCUCCCAGGACCUGGAGCCCCUCACCAUCCUCUACUAUAUUGGCAAGACCCCCAAAAUAGAGCAGCUCUCCAAUAUGAAGGUCAAGUCCUGCAAGUGCAGCUAGAAGCCCUGACAAGCCAGCACAAACAUCUGUCCUUCCUGCACACACACACACAUUACAAAUACACAACAAGCAUACAGUGGACUCGGGCAUCAGAGGAACUGCAACUGUGCUAUCUCUUUCAUGCACUAUUUUACUCACAGCAAUGUUUCCACACAGGUCAGGUGUGAUCUGUCAGAAAAUAGAGGUACAGAACAAUUCAGUUUCAGUGCUAAUUUAACUAACGCAACUCAUACAAGAACAAACAGGACCAGUGUUGUCAUGAAGCUACGUUUCUGACUUUGAUACCAGUACUAGGAGUGUUUUAUGCUUGGAUCACAGGAGGGAGAGAAUUCAAUGUUUUAUCUCUUCUGGAUGAUACUAUAUUAGGUAAAAAAAAAAAAAAAAACAUCCAAUAUUGUAAUUUAUGUCACAGAUCUUACUGACUUUAAGUGUUAUUUCAAUUGUACA